CGUCGCUUCUAAUGUCAUAUUUAUACUAUUCUUAAUAUAUUAUUUAUGUCUGUUUUAUUUAUGUCUGUUGCCGGCUUCGAUUUUACUCUGUAUAAUAAUAAAAGGUAUAUAAAGGACUUAAACAGGUUACACCAUCAAAUGACCCUUUAAUGGAGCCAAAAAAUGACCAGAAAACAGUAGUUUCUGAUAUUUAUUUAAAACAAUUUGAAAAAGAAGAGUUAUUAAGAAAUUUAGAUUUAGAAUUGAGACAGAGACUUGAACAGAUUGAAUCUUACUUUUUGUUAUUAAGGAAUACUUUGCAGUUAUGUGGAGAAAUGCGUCUUAGUCGUAUUCCACGAGGUAUACGAAAUACUAAACUUGGAGAUUAUUAUAAACAACACGACAUAGAAAACAAAGAAAACAGGCCUUAAUCAUUAUAAUUCAUAAGAUCUAUGUAUUUUUUAAGUAUUAUAGUCU